AUGGCUCCCUUAACAGGCAUCAAAGUAAUUGAACUGGCUGGUCUAGCUCCAGGUCCCUUCGCGGGUCUCCUCCUAGCCGACUACGGCGCCUCUGUACUCCGCGUAGACAGACCAGGAAGUGUCAGUGCAGACCAAUUAACAAGAAACAAAACAUCAAUCACACUGGACCUGCGCGAUGAAAACUCACGGAGUGUACUCAUCCGCCUACUCACGAGAGUAGAUGUAUUGAUCGAUCCAUUCCGCCCAGGAGUCCUCGAGCGCCUUGGUCUAUCCCCCACAGAAGUUCUCCUAAAGCACAAUCCGCGAUUGAUAGUUGCACGCAUGACAGGCUUCCGCCGAGAUGGAAAAUAUAAAGACAUGGCCGGCCACGACAUCAACUAUAUCGCCGUAUCAGGCGUCCUAUCGAUGCUCGGCCGCGCCAACGAAAAGCCAUACGCCCCCGGAAACAUCCUGGGCGACUUUGCUGGCGGUGGUGCAGUGUGCUUCCAAGGAAUCCUGCUAGCCCUCAUCUCGCGCUCGCAUACUGGCCGUGGCCAAGUAGUCGAAGCGAAUAUGGUCGACGGUUCAGCCUACCUAGCUACAUUUCCCCGACUUGCGCGUAAUACUCCAGCCUGGGGCGAUCCGCGAGGCGAGAACCUGCUCGACAGCGGGUGUCCUUACUAUGAUACAUACGAGACCAAAGAUGUCGGCAAAUACUUCGCUGUCGGGGCAUUGGAGCCACAGUUCUACGCGGCGCUGCUGCGUGGACUCGAUCUCGAUCCGAAGACGACUCCCGCGCGUGAAGAUCGCGCUCAUUGGCCUGCUUUGCGGGAUAUCUUCUCUCGGCGGUUCAAGGAGAAGACCCGCGCAGAGUGGGAGGCUGUCUUUGACGGUACGGAUGCGUGUGCAACUCCCGUGCUGGAGCAGGAUGAGCUGGAAGCAUCAGGCUAUGAGCAACGGCCCAUUGUGCACCUGGCGAGUACGCCCGCAGCCCCGAUCUUGGCCGAUCAGGGCGGGUGGAGUGGUGGGGGACUGAUGCCGGGUGAUGGAGGCGCGGAGACUCUUAGGGUUUGGAUGGGGUGGGAGCAAGACAAGGACUUCGCCGUUCGAGGGGAUGGGGCGUUAUUGCCGGCGAAUGGAAAGACUAAACUGUAG